AUGUUUGAAUUCUCGCAUUUCUCGUUCCAGGAUAUCGAUGGCUUGAUCCAACUAAUCAAGAAAGUACCAAGCAGCAAACAAGUAGCUCUCAUGAGUAUCGGCUCACUACCAUCUCAACCGAGUGCAGCUCUUUGUAGAGCAUUAUCUUCAUUGGGUGCUGCAAAGAUAUCUAUUGUUGGAACAAACAAUCCAAAUUAUUGCUUGGUUGGGUACAAGGGUUUAUCUCCAGGGAUGGCCAGUGAAGCAUUCGGUAACUCAACCAUCAACGAAGUUUGGGCAGAGGGUGAAAUGAGGUUUAGUGGAAAAACUUCAUGGAAGAUGAUUAUGGCUUCAUUUAAUUCAACAACUGGAGACCCAAACAUUUAUUUAGACUAUUGUUUGGCAAAUAGUGAAGGUGGGCUUCCAGGUCUUGCCAAUGGAAUUAAUGUUCUAGUGUUCUAUCAACUACAAAAUCUAUCAACUAGAUACCCACCAAAAGUGUUCAACUUUCCAACUUCCAAUCUCUACUCUAAUUCCUCAGAAUCUCUAUCAAGAUUCAUCGAUUCACUUGCCGACCAUACUUUAAUCAUGGUGUUUGCUCAAGGACUCAAUUUGGCAAAGACAAAUUUGCAACAAAAUGCCAUCUCAAGCCUUAAGAAGAUUGGGAGCAAAUUCAUUUCUCAAUACUCUUCCAAUCCCUCAAACGAUUGUUGGUUUAUGAUCAAAAGAAUAGGCUCUGAUUCUAUUUUCGCAGAAAUGACCUUCAACCAUAAUUCACCAUCAACAUCUUCUUUUAUCCAAAUUGAAGAAUUUGGCAAUGGUGCCUAUUCAUAUCAAGUUGCAGACGACAUCAAUAUCUCUAUUAUGUCAUCGAACCAAAGUAGCACACCAGUUGGAAUGGAAUCAUUAUUUUACAUUUAUGUUGGUGGUGUAUCAAUAACUCUGGAAGGUCCAUUGGUCAAUGGUUUUGUGAUGUGUGCUAUCAGUGAAAUAGAUGGACAUAUUUACUUUAUCAAAAAUUAUAAUAUUGGCACUACUGAUGGAUCACGAGACAUGGUUAAUGACAUUGUUGACAAAAUCUCAGUUGGAUCUUUAGUUGUUGUGUGUUCAGUGCUCAACUCUGCUGGACCAAACAUCACAAUGUCUUCGGAUCUAUUGACCGCUCUCGAAAGCAUUGGAUCAGAGUUUGCAUAUGAUAUCGUAUCAUCAAGCUCCUAUGCUUUGAUUGGAAGAAAAGGAGCUGCCGUUGGAACGGCAAACGAACUCAUAUCCAACACUGGACCAGUCACUCUUUUUUCAAACUUUGGAAAAAUCACAAAGCCAAUCAAACCAUUCAUCGAAAUUGAUAACCUAUCGGUCAGUGCUUUACCCGGUGGAGGAUAUGGAUACUCUUCAUUUAUGAUCAAUAAGCAGAUUGUCGAUGGAACCAAUAUUUUUUCAUCAGGACUCAACGUCUUGACAAUCAACCAAUUGAACGGCACUAUUACAAGUGCUAAAAACUACGACACUACAACUGACUCGUUUAACUCUAACAAGUUCGUAGCCGAUAUCCAAGCUCUACCAACAGGGACCAUAGUUGCUCUUUCGACAGUUGGACCAGCCGGGCAAUACCUUGGAAAUGGUGUUGAUACUAUUGUCAACUACCUUGGAGGUAUGCUCAUUAAAUCAUUUACAUCACAGUCAUAUUGUAUCAUAUCUACUGUAGGCCAACAACUUACCGGAGACAAAAGAGUCAUCAGCGAGUGUAUGUCUGAAAACAGUUAUUUGCCAACCACAUGCAAUACUCGAUUUCCCAUUAAAUCACUCUUUACCGGAUCUGGAUUUUCAUUCUGUGUUACAUCAAUGGCCCAAUCAAGCACUGCUUCUCGUAUCAUGGUAAAUGGCCAAUCUCAACUAUCAUCGCCUUCCAGUGGACUCAAUGUCGUUACAGUUGACCAUAUAACAGGAGCCACACAAGAAUAUCAUUUUGAUACAGCCAAUGAUGAUAAACAAUGGGGACUUUUCCUGUUUUUCAUUCAAGAUCUCAAAAUCGGUACUUUUGUACUCAUAUCGGUUCAACAAUCGAUUGGCAACCCUAGUCAAGAGUUCAAGGAUAUAAUCAAAAUAUCCCUCUCGUUGAUUGGUGCAUCCAAGUUUGUGAAAGUGGGUCCAUCAACAUCAUAUUCAGUCAUUGGUACAAAAGGGGCCACUCCUGGCUCGGCUUAUGAAUCAUUCCAUGAAAAUGCCCAGGUUUGUGUGGCAUCCUGGGAACCAAGAAUUCAAUCCUCAUCCCUUUUAAAAGCACCACUUAUUUAUGGUCAAAUCCCAGAUGAACCAUUAAUGCUCAAUGUUCCAUUGCUCAGCAACUACCAUCAGCUUGCAACUCCAAUAUCAAAACUUGCCCCGUCCAAACCCUUGGGGAACGUUUUUAUGAACGAGCCAGCUUAUUGGAAAACGAAACGUCCUUCCUCUGGAAACAUCGUCAAGGCACUAUUGAUUGGUGUAUCGUACAAUGACAAUCCAGCUGGUCCCAUCAAAGGAGUAGACUUCUCUAUCCAAGAACACUGCCGAGCCCUUGUCAAUUGCGGAUAUGUAAAACAAGAAAACAUACGUGUCCUGACCGAAAAUACAUCUCAAGUUUCACUCGAUGGGACUUAUGUUUGCCGUCCCACCACCAUUUGCAUCAAAGAUCAAAUCAACAACUGGCUAGUUAAGGAUGUCGUAGAAGGUGAUGUUAUAUACAUAGUCUUUUCUGGUAGAUCAUUUGUCAACACGAUCAAUGGAGUUAGCACAUAUGGUCUGUGCACUUUGAUUCAAGAUCCACAAACUUACCAAUAUCGUACCGAUUACUCCCUCACAUCCAAUGAACUCCAACAACUCUUUGUCAAUAUUCCUUGGGGCGUGACCAUUACUUUUCUCCUCGAUUGCUCCUAUGCAUUCGAAAUGGUCAGACCAGGUAUAAUCUCUCCAGAUUCCUUUGAUAAUUUUAUGAAUGGUCUAUUCUCGGUUCAAUCAGAAAAACAAUUCAACACAACACAACUUACUUCAGGAUUCCUUCCUUUGAUAACCGGUAUUCUCUUGGAUGGUUUCAAUCAAAAUAGCUCACCAAUGCUAUAUUCACAAAUAAUAGCCAAGGCAUCAAACAAUCCAUUGUAUCCGGCAACACCAUAUCUCUUCAAAGGAGAAUCCCAUGGAUCAGACCUCGUUUUCUUGAGUCCAUUCCCCCAUAAUGGACCUCAUCCUGUGUACCGAUUCAGUACCCCAGUUGGUGACCAACUCCAAUAUGCCUACACAACCUCACCAGCAAUGGGUGCAAAGUGGAGUAAAAGAACACUGGCUUGGAAAAUAUUGCCCUCUUCAAGUCCAAUUGCCGGGGUCCCCCUCUACCAAUUCACAAAGCCACAAACUUGGAAUGGUCAAAACGACGCCCCGUUGCUCUACUUUUUGUCAGUAAAUCCAAAUAUUGGCGAUGGUUGGACAAAUACUGGGUCAAUCGGAAAAGUAUUCGCCUCCCCUCUCUCUAAUGGGUUACCAAUCCGACAAUUCCGUUCUACAUCUGCUGUUUAUGCAAAUAUCACAAUGUAUGCUUUUGAAAGUACCACUCUUGUUGAUCCAAACCAAUCAUGGAUCGACAACGGGGUUGUCUUCUUCUCACCACAAGAGGUCGAUGAUCCACAAAGAGGAGCAAUAUUCUCACAGAGCGGAAUGGUCUCGGUUCCUCACAUCCCAGCAUACAACUUUGGAACAAAUGAUUUCUCUAUUUCUGUUUCCUUCAAAACAACAGCCUCUGGUUCUAUUGUAUGUUGCAAGGGAAUAAAUGGUGGAGUUGGAAGUGGAGGAUGGACAAUCGAUCUCAAACAAGGCAGAAUUGAUUUUAUCGUUCACGAUGGAACUGUUGGUACAUUCCUACAAACCCAAGCCCCUGGCGUGACCAAUGGUCAAUGGCACACACUAGCAUGUGUUAGAAAAUCUGGAGUUUUAUUUAUCUAUUUGGAUCAAAAACUGUUGUCGCAAAUGAACACAACCACCCCUCUCAACGUUACCAACACAACAACUAUGACAUUUGGACAAAACCCACCAACCCCAAAUCAGUUCAGUGGCGUGAUGUCUAACAUGGCAAUUUGGAAUGCUGCCAUUGAUCCUACACAACUCCAAAACUUGAAUCAGAAAGAUGUAAAAUCCAUUCCCAAUUUGGUUGGAUAUUGGAACUUCCUUCAAGAUAGUUUUGAUACAUCUUCAAUGUCAAACAACGGGACCAUCAAUGCUUAUGUUAACUUCACACCCCCAGUGGCCACCAAUUGUAUUCAAAUUUUCCAAAAUGGCCAAGUUUCAAUUCCCUCGAUCGCCGCUUACAAUGUAGGGACAAAUGACUUCUCUGUGACUUUUUUAAUACAAGCCUCUUCAAUAGGACCUCUGGUCAGCCGCAAACCCAUGGCAGGAGGUGCUGGUAAUGGAGGUUUUAGAAUUACCCUUGGAGCAGGUGGAAUUAUCUCAUUUGUUACCGAUACUGGGUCCAACGAAAAAGUUCUUCAGUCAAUCCAAUCACCAGCUCUCAAUGGAAUUAAUAUGUCUGUCGCGUGUGUUCGCCAGAGCAAUCAGAUGAUGAUCUACUUUGACACAACACUUGUUGCCAGUGUUUCUGGUUCUGCUAUGAAUAUUAACAACUCUGCCCCCCUGCAGUUUGGACAAUGUUUGCAACUUGGGCCAAGUGCUCAAUAUCUUGGAAAGAUAUCGCGUGUUACUUUUUGGAAUAAAGCGAUUGAUGUUGUUCUGAUGGACAAGGCAUACAAAGGAACCCUUUCGAAUGAAUUAGGAUUAAUUGGAAACUGGCUGCUGCAAUCUGAUGGAUUGGAUUCAUCGCCGACAAAAAAUAAUAGUAUGACAACAUUGAUCAACACUUCGUUUGCCAGUUCUAAUUUAACGCUCCCAAGCGACACACCAACCCCAGCCAAGGAAGAACCAAACUCGGACUUGGAAGCCAUGUUAUCACGUCAUAAAAAAGAGAUCGAAGAGUAUCUCGCAUCAAAAAAAUAA